GGAGGAUUAGCGGAGACCCUAAUCAUGUCGCACGCGCGUCUGCGAAGCGCCGUGAUCGCCGGUGGCUGGCCGACGAAGACCAUGACAACGACGACGACGACGACGAUGAUGACGAGACAGAGUGCCGGCGGGAGUGCCGGCGGAGCGCUGCUCGGCAGAGGGGUAGGGAUGACGGAUGGCGGGCCGGUGUCCUCCGCGCUGCUCCAGCAAACGAUCACUCCGUAUCGCGGCAUGGCGGCGAGCGCAGCGGUGAGCCCGUGUGGCAAGGUCCUCACCGAGGACAAUGUUUUCCUCAACCUGCGCAAAAUGGAGUACGCGGUGCGCGGACCGCUGCUCAUCAGGGCGCUGGAACUUGAGAAGGAGCUGCAAAAGGGGGUUAAGAAACCUUUCAAUGAGGUGAUCAAAGCGAACGUGGGCGACGCUCACGCGAUGGGCCAGCAGCCCAUCACAUUUCUGCGACAGGUGUUGACCCUGACGGUAUCGCCGAAACUAUUGGAUGAUCCGAGCUAUCCAGAGGAUGCGAAGGAACGCGCUCGGACAAUCCUCAAAAGUUGCAAGGGCGGUAGCGUGGGCUCGUACUCGGAAUCGGUCGGCAUCGAGGUGAUCCGUAAGCACGUCGCACACUAUAUCCAACAACGCGACGGCGGUAUUCCUUGCGACUAUCACAACAUCAUCCUGUCGAAUGGUGCUUCUGAUGGCAUCAAGUCGUUCCUGAAAUUGUUCAACGAGAUAAUCGACAAUAAACUGCCCGGCGUUCUAAUCCCGAUUCCGCAGUAUCCUCUCUACUCGGCGACCUUGGCGGAAUUUGGUUUUGCGCAGGUCGGAUACUACCUCGACGAAGACAACAAGUGGUCGCUAGAAAUUAGUGAGUUGGAACGAGCAUUGGGGGAAUGCAAAGGCACGUGCAAUCCGCGGGUGUUGGUGGUGAUCAAUCCUGGUAAUCCAACUGGCCAAGUACUGACUCGUGCAAAUAUCGAAAGUGUCAUUCGUUUCGCCCACAAGAAUCAUCUGUUCCUGCUAGCCGACGAAGUCUACCAGGACAAUAUAUAUGAUAAAGACAGUGCGUUUCAUUCUUUCAAGAAAGUCAUGAUGGAGAUGGGCGAGCCGUAUUCGAAGAUGGAGCUUGCGUCGUUUAUGUCCAUCUCAAAAGGAUACAUGGGCGAGUGCGGGAUCCGCGGUGGUUACAGCGAGAUCAUUAAUAUGGAUCCGGAGGUGAUGAAAGUGUUGCAGAAAUCGAUCUCCGCAAUGCUAUGCCCGAGCGUACUCGGCCAGGUCGUGAUGGAUGUUGUGGUGAAUCCGCCGCAGCCAAGCGAACCAUCGUACGAGGAAUUUCAGAAAGAGAAGAAGGAGACAUUGCGGUCCUUGGCGGAAAGAUCGCGGCUCGUCGUUGAUACGCUCAACAGUAUUCCAGGAUACAAGGCGAAUCCAGCGAUGGGCGCAAUGUACGUGUUCCCGCGUUUCAAACUGCCGCCGAAGGCGAUUGAGGCGGCGCGAGCGAAAGGCCAAGAGCCGGACGUCUUUUACGCGUUCAAGCUGCUGGAGAGCACCGGAAUCUGCGUGAUUCCGGGAUCAGGUUUCGGCCAAAAACCCGGCACGUAUCACUUCCGGACAACAAUACUGCCGCAGAAAGAGAAGAUAAAAACGAUGCUCGAAGCGUUGAAGCAAUUUCACAUAAAGUUUCUCGAGGAGUACAGCUAAAUCCUUUUAUAAGUUUCCAGAGAAGUUGCGAUUACAGAAAGAAUGGAUCAACGAGGAACGAUCGUCAAGAGGAUAUCUGCAUGAAGACUAAUUUAAAGUCCAAACAUCGCGAAUGUAAAAUAUUUUUGUUACGAUUAAUGAGAGAUUCACUAUUAUGAAUUAUUGCAUCCAGAAUUAUUAUUGAAUUGUAUAGGGUAUGUGAUGAAAAUCAAAAUUUGUUCAAUGUAAAUCACACACUGUGAAGACUUACAAAUAUUUGUAAAUAUAUCGUAAUUAUCGUCAUGUCAAUAUGACACAUAUUAUGUAGUAGAAAAGAAAAAGAAAUUAAAUGUUAUAUAUGUAUAUUACAA